GGCCGGGACCCAAGCAAAACAGGGGAUUAACUUUGCCCUGUGCUGGCUUGUGGCUGUUGGGAGGCGCCGAGAGCUGCUCCCACCAGCGCAGAGCACAGCCUGCAACGAUGGGGGCCAGGCUGCUGUGCCUGUGCCUGCUCACAGCCCUGCUCGGCUACUACAUCUACAGCCCCAUCCCCGAGGACAUAGCCCAGCCCUGGACCGUGAUGCUCGCCUCGUCUGCCUUGAGGAGCCUGGGGCACCUGUCCGAGGCAGCUGAAGUGCUGGGGCUCAUGCCCUACAUGAAGGUCUUGAGGCUGUUCACAGAUGUCCAGCUCGUCCCUCCCACGUCCGAUGAAAACGUCACCGUGACAGAGACGGAGUUCAGCGGCGUCCCUGUCCGCCUGUACCUGCCCAGGAGGGCCCCUGGCGGGCUCAGGAGGGCCAUGGUCUACAUCCACGGAGGGGGCUGGUGCCUGGGAGACGCAGGCAUGCAAGGCUACGAUAUCGUGGCACGGCACAUUUCAAACGAGCUAGACGCUGUCGUGGUGUCAACCAACUACAGGCUGGCCCCUCCACACCACUUCCCCGUGCAGUUUGAAGAUGUGUACUCGGUGACCAAGUUCUUCCUGCAGAGCAAGGUCCUGGCCCAGUAUGGGGUGGACCCUGCUCGGGUCUGCGUGGCCGGGGACAGCGCCGGGGGCAACCUGGCUGCGGCCGUGGCACAGGAGCUGUUGGAGGACCCUGAGGUGCAGACGCAGCUCAAAGCCCAGGUUCUGAUCUACCCUGCGCUGCAGGCGCUGGACCUGGACCUGCCGUCGUACCGGGACAACGCGCACAAGCCGGUGCUGCCGCGCUCGCUCAUGGUGCGCUUCUGGAGCGAGUACUUCAGCUCGGAGCCGGCGCUCAGGGCGGCCAUGGCCUCCAACAGGCACAUCCCCGCCGCGGCCAGCGAGCUGUGGCGCUUUGUCAACUGGAGCCUGUGGCUGCCGCAGGCCAUGUGGGGGGAGCACAGGCCCGGCCGCCCGGCCUGGGGCGGCGAGGAGCUGGCCCGGCGCUACCCCGGCCUGCUGGACCCGCGGGCGUCGCCGCUGCUGGCCAGCGAGGCCCGGCUGCGCCGCCUGCCCGCCGCCUUCGUGCUGACCUGCGAGCACGACGUGCUGCGCGACGACGGCGCCAUGUACGUGAGCCGGCUCCGCGCCGCCGGCGUCCCUGUCACACACCACCACGCCAAGGACGGGUUCCACGGCGCCUUCACCUUCCUGGCCUGGCCGCUGGACCUGGCCCUGGGCCACCGCCUGCUCAACACCUGCGUGGGCUGGCUGAGGGAGAACCUGUGAGGGCAGCGGGGGCUCUGCUCGGCCCUCACUGCCGGCUGUGCUGGGCCAUGGAGCUCUGCUGGGCUCUGCUCACCCCUCACUGCCGGCUGUGCUGGACCAUGGAGCUCUGCUCACCCCUCACUGCCGGCUGUGCUGGGCCAUGGAGCUCUGCUGGGCCCUGCUCACCCCUCACUGCUGGCUGUGCUGGGCCAUGGAGCUCUGCUGGGCUCUGCUCGGCCCUCAUGUCUGCCAGGGCUGUGCAGCUCUGCUGGGCUCUGCUCACCCCUCACUGCUGGCUGUGCUGGGCUGUGCAGCUCUGCUGGGCUCUGCUCACCCCUCACUGCCGGCUGUGCUGGGCUGUGCAGCUCUGCUGGGCUCUGCUCACCCCUCACUGCCGGCUGUGCUGGGCUGUGCAGCUCUGCUGGGCUCUGCUCACCCCUCACUGCUGGCUGUGCUGGGCUGUGCAGCUCUGCUGGGCCCUGCUCACCCCUCACUGCCGGCUGUGCUGGGCUGUGCAGCUCUGCUGGGCUCUGCUCACCCCUCACUGCCGGCUGUGCUGGGCUGUGCAGCUCUGCUGGGCUCUGCUCACCCCUCACUGCCGGCUGUGCUGGGCUGUGCAGCUCUGCUGGGCUCUGCUCACCCCUCACUGCUGGCUGUGCUGGGCUGUGCAGCUCUGCUGGGCCCUGCUCACCCCUCACUGCCGGCUGUGCUGGGCUGUGCAGCUCUGCGGAGCUCUGCUCACCCCUCAGUGCUGGCUGUGCUGGGCUGUGGAGCUCUGGCUGUGACUGCCACCCCUCACACCUGUGGGAGCUCUGCAGUGUUUGCCAUCUCCCCUGAAAUUCCGCAGCCUUGGGGCUGGAGCCUUUCCCAUCUUCUCUGGCAGGAAAUCAGUCUGACCCCAACCCACUGUUCCUCCAGUUCUGUCACCCAAACCUCAAACCCAGCGCUGCCCUGGGGCUCCUCUUCUGGCCCUGCAGCCUCCAGGGUUUGAUGUCUUUGCUUCUGCUUCUUUCUUCCCAUCACAGCAUCUCCAGAGCGGGGUGUGUGCCCAGGGCCAGGUGGCUGUGGCACACAGGACGUGCUCUGUGGCUGCUUUUUCCUGUCCCUUUGGCUCUGGGAUGUGGCAGCAGGGCCCUGCUGGGGUGAUGGGGUGAGCAGAAGCACCAGGAGGCUGCAGGACCUGCCAUGGCAGGCUGGGCUGGGUCACUGCUCCUGCCCUGGAAGCCCAGUGGGCCGGCUGAAAACUUGUGCAAAAUUUGGGCUUUGUUUUGGGAGUUUUGUUAGUUUGGGGUUUUUUGUUGUGUUGUCCUGGGGGCUCUAACGCAUGUAUCUUACCCCUACUUCCUUUCUUUAAUUCCUUGAACUAGCAGGAAAUAGUGAAACAAGCAGUGCUGGAUACUCACUGGGAAAAGGAAGCUGUGAAGGUCCCAGCCUUAUGAUAACAUGCUGCAUGGUCUGUGCUCUACUUAUCUGUUAAGUCAUGUACUGGGUGUUCUAAUUGUCCUUAAAAUGUUUAUCAGAUUUUACAUAUGAUUUCUUAAAAGUAGAAUUUGCUUAGUAGCUUUAUAGGCUUCAAAAAGAAACAUAGUUCAGCUGUGUGGAACAAAUAACCUCUGUGUAAAUGUUCUGUGUGUUAAAUAUAAACCCUCAAACUUUUGACUGAACUAUGAAUGCAGGGGUUGGCUGUUGGUUUAAGCAAAUCAAACACUGGGGAAUUACUUCAUGUAUCCUGCUUUUCUUUUGCAUAAAAGGUACUGAAUCUUCAAUAAUUCUGGGUUAUUUUUCCCAAGUGUGUGUGGCCUGUUCAGAUGGAAUGUGUACAGGAUGAUUGCUGCUUUCCAUCUUUAUUAAGCUGCAUGUAAGCAUUAAAGUUGCUUUGAUUCCAGA